AUGAGCUCUGGCCCUGGUAUCGUCUUCUACGACAUCCCGUCGCAGCACGCGCGCGUCACCUGGUCGCCCAACCCCGCGAAGACGAGAUAUGCGCUCGACUUCAAGGGACUGGCGUACACCACCGAGUGGGUCGAGUACCCGGACAUCGAGGGCGUCGUGAAGGCGCUCGGCGGGGCGCCGACGGGGAAGAAGGCAGACGGCCGGCCACACUAUACGCUGCCGAUGAUUCGCGAUUUGGGCACCGGCCAGGUCGUCACGGACUCGCUGAACAUCGCGAUCUACCUGGACAAGACGUACCCCGACAAGCCGCUUAUGCCCGGCGGCGACUGGGCGCUCAUCCCCGCCUUCGAAUCUGCGAUCCAGCCGCUGCUCAGCAACCAGCUCCCCUUCGGCAUCCCCGCCUCGCAGGCGCUGCUCAACCCGCCCAGCGCGACCUACUUUCGGGCCACACGGGAAGUCAUGUUUGCGCAGACGAUGGAGGACAUGUUGCCGGCCCCCGGGAGCGAGCGCGAAACCACACAGUGGGCGAAGGUCCAGGCCGCGUGGAACACCAUCGACGGCUGGCUUACUACUGCGGGCACCAAAUAUUUCGGCGGGGCAGAAAGGAACUACGCAGACCUGUAUGUCGCCGCGUAUGUGUUCUGGAUCCGGACGGUGUUCACUGAAGACAAGUGGCGCGACUUUGCAACGUGGCAUGGGGGACGUUGGGCACUGCUGUUGGAUACCGUCGAGAAGGAUUAG